ACUUCCUGGUGUAGGAAACAGGUCACCUGACUGCACAACAAAUGCCUAGGAGAUAACGUCAUACAGAUUAUACCGAGGGUGUCCCGCAGGUGCUAGGUAGCAACACCAGACAUGGCGCUGUCGAAAGUUUCAGGGUCUGAAGAAAUGGCGUUCAAUCACGACAACCACCCCAUGACCUUGCGCCAGUACUACGAUACACACUUUAUGUCUCUCCCCAGUUUCAUCUCCGUCACCCAGGGUUACUAUGGAGGCAGAGAGAUGGAGGUGCUAGGUAGUGGACAGGUACUGCGGAUUCAUUCGAGUGUUCACCAGAGACGUGCCGUGGCGGUGGAUGCCAACAAGAGGACGCUAAGUAUCCCCACAAACUAUGCUCUGAAAUUCCGGGUCAUCAACUCCAACAAUAAAGCUGGCAAGGAGGAGGAUGUAUUGGCGAACAUCCUUAGCAAGAAGCCAUUGCCCGUCACAGUCCAGAUCUCCGACAGAAGGAACGUUUGCUUCACACUCGACAGCAGCCAGCAGAACGUCCAGGCGUUGGGCCAGCUGACCAUCACUGAUGUCUACGAGGAGACCUACUUCCUGGCUAAUGCCAUACUCUAUGGCAAACCCGAUGACAUCCCCCUCCUUAUUCCGCUGUACCUGGGCGACAUCAUGGUGGCCUCCGUCACGGGGUUACAGGGGAAGUCACAGGAGGAAUGGGAAACUUAUGUUACAUACAUCAACACCAUGUGCAAGAGGGUGCAGAUCCCCCUUGACACGGGUCUCAGAGAAAUCGCCCUGUACUCGCCCCAGUCGAUUCAGGGCUCUGACAACGUCUACGACUUCAUCGAACCCAGCAGUUACAUCAUCGCCGACUGGGACGGAAAGAAAGCUACAGACACUCGGGCUGUCACAAGGGUGACUAGCGGGAAGCCCCCUAAACCUCCCAAACCCCUGCCACCACCUCAGACAGACAGCAGACCUCCUCAGCUGCCAAAGAGGUCUGAGCAUAAACCAACGAGACGGUUUUCCGAGGACGCUGCCACAAGUAACCAGUAUGUGAACGAUAUCGGGAGGGCUGUUGUUAAUCCCUUCACUGCGCUGGCAAAAGCUGCAGCUGAGAAGACAAACAAAGGAGAGUACAAGCUGGAAAAGGCUGCUAGCCAAGGUCAAGUCUCGGAAUAUGCUAUAGUGGAGGAGAAUAAACCUCUUGAGAGUAUGUCAAUCGAUGAAAUUGUCCAAAAACUGAAGGAACUGAAACUGGACAAACACGCCAAAGCUUUCAGGGAGCAAGGAGUCGACGGGCCGUUGGCAUUAGAGCUGGAUGAGACUAUCUUGAAAGAGGACUUCAAAUUUAGCAAGUUCGAGAUUUUGAAGUUCAUGAAAUUUGUUGAGACAGGUCAUAUUCCUCACUAAGAUUUAUUCUUAACGACCAAUGUACGCAGACAGUGUGAACUGAUACCGGAACGUAUCACAGUUUACAAUGGAUUUGAUGCCGCGUGUUUAGGGUAUCAUUUUAUCAUUUGACUGUGCUCGUGUGGGCUCGUAUAUCUAACCAGCACUGAUCUGUUGGUGACAGGAAGGCGUCAGGCAUCCAUCGGUAUAUAUUUGUCUCCUAACCCUUCUGAUCAGUUGGUGACAGGAUGGUGUCAAGCAUCCAUCAGUAUAUAUUUAGUCAAUGUCACGUGUCUACCAGUCUUUGUGUCAGUCAAUGUCACGUCCGUCAGUUUGUACACGUGUGUGCCUGCAGGUCAUGCACAAUGCAAAUACAAUGCAGCUUUCACCAGUAUUUACACACACACACACAUCUACAUAUAUCAGAAUUGUAUUCACCCUUGUCUAAGAUUCUUUAAAUAAAUUAUGUUUCUUGAUGGGAA